CCACGCCCCCUCGGGCGGGACCACGCGGGACUUUGAAGGGGGGGUCCCGUGCGGCCGUGAUGGAGCUGGGGGCCAUGCGGAAGAGCUACCGGGGGGACGAGGAGGCCUUCGAGGAGCAGCACUUGGCUUCCCGCAACCCCAUCCAGCAGUUCGGCGCGUGGUUCGAGGAGGCCGUGAGCUGCGAGGCCAUCUGGGAGGCCAACGCCAUGUGCUUGGCCACCUGCACCAGGGACGCGAAGCCCUCGGCCCGCAUGGUACUGCUCAAGGGCUUCGGGCAGGACGGCUUCCGCUUCUUCACCAACUUCGAGAGCCGUAAGGGGAAGGAGCUGGACGCCAACCCCUUCGCCUCGCUCGUCUUUUACUGGGAGCCCCUCAACCGGCAGGUACGGAUUGAGGGCUCGGUGAAGCGGCUGCCGGAGGAGGAAUCGCUGCGGUACUUCCACUCGCGCCCCAAGGGCAGCCAGAUCGGGGCUGUGGUCAGCCAGCAGAGCACCGUCAUCCCUGACCAGGAGUAUCUCAGGAAGAAGAACGCAGAGCUGGAGGAACGCUACCGGGAGACUCCAGUGCCGAAGCCGGCGUACUGGGGAGGCUACAUCCUGGAGCCAGAGGUCAUGGAAUUCUGGCAGGGCCAAACCAACCGCCUGCACGAUCGCAUCGUCUUCCGCCGCGUGCGGGACGGCUCGGCCGCCCUGGGAGCCCUGACGCACCGGGGAGAGGGUGAGUGGGUCUUCGAGCGCCUCGCUCCGUGAUGCCAAACCCGCUCCCCGUCCCCCACCUCAUCCCGCUCUGCCCCGGAAGCUGUGGGGGUGUUGGGGGGCUCCAAUCCAGCCCCAGAGACCCCCUCUCUCCCUUCACCUCUUCUGGGGAAGGCGAGAGCCGCAGGGGGGGUCCCAGAGAGCAUUCCCAUCCCCUGGAGCAUGUGGGGAGCAAUCACUGCCGAUGCUGCUGGUGGCUAAUUAAUCACGCUAAUGAUUGUGGAGGGACCAAGAAACGACCCCAGUGCCCCCCCAGCCUGUGUCCUACCCUGUGCCUCACAUGUGCGUUUGAACUGUGCGCUGUCUGUGCAGCGACUUCGUCAAUUGUGGCUUUAAUGUCCCCUCUUCCUGCAAUAACUUAUUAAAUUGUGGCUUUAAC